GAUCAGUCCGAUCGUCAGACUCGAUUCGUUCAUGAAUCAGACAUCACUACCCAUAAUUCCAGAGACCAAAACAGGAAGAAAGGGAUGUCUUUAGUAAGCCUGCUUAUCGGUGAGAGUGAAAUAAGAAAUUAGAUGCGUGAAUACCUGAAAGAAGAAAAACUGCAAGUGGCCAACCAUGUCUUUCAAAAGGGAGGGUAAUGAUCAAAGUCAGCUAAAUGUACUGAAGAAACGACGGGUUGCAGAUCUUCUGUCAAACUUCAUCCCAGAUGAUGAAGCUACUCUGAUGAAGAACGGAAGAUACAGCUGCCUUGUGUGUUCUCACCGUCCCGUGUUUGACACUGUUGAUAUGCUCAUGGUGCACAGGAAGGGAAAGAGACACCUUGAAGGAAUGAAAUGGUUCUACGGCAAAAAGAAUCAACUUAAACAUGAAAUUGAUAAAAGGAGACAUCAAGAUUAUGUUAAAGCAGAAGAUGAGCGACAGGAACCCUCCAGUUCAGCUCCUCUACUAAGUGAAACACGUAAAAUUACCCAUCAUGCCCUACUCAGAACUGCUCCGUACAGUAGCUGCCACAGAAAGGCCAGUGAACGAUUGGAAUCAUCAGGAUGUGGCCAAGAAGACAAAAAAGAUCAAAUCAACAAUAUCAACUCCUCAACUCAUUUGUCCAUUAGGACAGGAAGUAUUGACUCCAUAUCAACAAGUAGCACAUCAGUGCAUCAGGGACAGACUCAAGGGAAAGAAGAGAAAAAGAAGGGGAAGAAGGGAUCCAGCACUGAGUGUGAGCCUAUAACAGAGCAGAGACGCAAAGAACUGGAACACUACCUCAAAUUAAAAAGUUCUGGAUGGCUGCAGGACAGAAGUGGUAAAUGGGUUAAAGAUGAGAACGCCGAGUUCGACUCGGAUGAAGAAGAACCGGAUCAGUUACCUCCUAGCAGUGAAUCUUCAUAGCAGACUCAAUACUGUUCAGCAACUGCCAAUGCUUCAGGAUGCAUUUAAACUGAACUGCAUAGGAGAUGAUGAUAUUGUCUUGAUAGACACAGCUCUCACAUGACAUCUUUUACCUCCAUGCCUCUGUGACAUACUUUAUAUACAAUAAGGUGGAAACUUCAAGACAUCCUUUCUGGAAAAGAGUUUGCAAAUUGUAUUAGUACCAUGUACUACUUGCCAUCUUGUUGAAACAGUUUCUGAACUAACAUUGUCAUAUUUCUAUGUGAAUAAAGUGAGGAGGUUGUGACCUCAUGGUGUUGAA